AUGAUACAGCAAACACGUGGUCUUCAACCUCUCAAAGGCUCUUUAGCCAAAACUAUUCAAGCAGAUGCCGGUUUAAUUCGAACCAUUCCUUUAGUGGUCAAGAUUCAAGAUAUCUUCCUAAAUAACACCUCAGAAAUGAAGGAAAGGAUUCAAAUAGAAGUAUCAGAUAACGAGCAAACCAUGCGCUGUCUCUUAUCAGCUAAAUACCAACCUGCAAUUUCCGAUCGGUCUUUAUCUAUUGGUUCUGUCAUUCGGGUAGGUGAUCGCUUAAAGGUACGUAUGCUUAAUGAUGAGUUUGGGUUGUACUUCAAAGAGAUCUUAGAAAUGGGAUCUACUGCCUGGUUAAACCCAGCUCAGUCACCAAGUAAGCGUAAAGAACCUGAAUCACCCCGUAAGGAACUAAAAAGAACAAUCACAACUAUUGCCGAACUAUCUCCCCUGGUUCAGAAUGGAUCUUGGAGUUUAAGAGUCAAAGUCACUCGUAAGACUAAAAUUAAGUCCUAUACAACAGCUACUGGUGAAGGUAAACUAUUUAAAAUAGGUCUUAUGGAUAGAUCUGGGUCGAUUAAUAUGACCUUCUUCAAUGAACAAGUAGAUAGUUUUUAUGAGCGUAUUGAGGCUAAUUCUACCUAUGAAGUAGCUGGUGGGUCUUUAAAAGUAGCCAAUCGGAGUUUUGGUGAUUAUGUGCAUACUUAUGAACUAGUGGCCGAUCGAGGUACAGCUUUUAUUCCAGCUGAUUGUGAGGCUGAAAUCAUUAAAGUGCCUUCUUUGGUUAAGAUUAGUGCUGUAAGGGAGAGUAUUGGUCUGCUAGCUAACUUAAUGGUAGCGGUUGUGCACGUACCAGAAGUAAUAGUGGUGCGACGUCGGGAUGGGGCUGAAGUGGAGAAAAGAGCCUUACGAGUGAUUGAUGAGAGUGAAGUAGAGUGUGAGUUGGUGCUUUGGGGAGAAAUGGCUAAGUCUGGGUAUGCUCCUGAUGAUAUUAUCUUGUUGCAACAAGUUAAAGUCGGGGAGUUUGCUGGCAAUUUACAACUAAGUCCAGUCGGUACUUCGGUGCUUUCCGUCAAUCCGGCUGUUCCAGAAGCUUUUAGUUUGGGCGGGUGGUUCCGCGGGGCACGAAGUCGGUUGGAACAAGGAGGAGUACUGGGAAGUAGUAGUGCUGGAGGAGUAUUAGGAAGUAGUAGUGGUGGAGUAGUAGGUGGAGGAAGUGGUGGUGAAUUACUUAGUUUAGCUGAUGUUAAGGCUGAAGCACGAACUACAGCUCAAGUUAGGUGUACGGUAAUGCAUAUUGGAGAGACUACUUGGUAUGAUUCCUGUGCGCGGGUGGGAUGUAACAAGAAAGUUAGUUAUGAUAGUGCGAGUGGGGCUUAUGUCUGUCCUAAGUGUGAGUACUCGGCGGCGGAGUGCAAGAAGAACUACAACAUUUUAAUGCUAGUUGGUGAUGCGACUGACCAGAUGCGGAUUUCAGCCUUUCAAAAAGCUGGGGUUAGUUUCUUUGGGGUUCCAGCUGAGACUUUAGCUAGUACGUUUAGUGAGGACUCGGCGGCUUAUAUGGCGAAAAUCAAUGGAGCUAUUGGCACGGAGAUAGAAGUCAGUUUACGAGGUCGGUCGGAGAACUAUAAGGGAGAGCCGGAAAUGCGGUAUACUGCUGAGGCCAUUCAUCGCGUGGUUUAUCGUGAUGCCGCUCAUAAACUCCUAACAACUCUACGCAGUCAGUAA